GCUAUCAGUUACACACUCGUCGUCGCGGCCACUCAAUUCGUCCCAUGCUCGCCAACCUCUCGCAAGUUCUAAGUUCCGACCGUGCUAGCAAAGUCUCGCCGCGUGUCUUUCGCGCCGCGCCGUGUAUACCGAUUUGUUUCCUGUGAAAAGGCUCGAACGCCCGCCAAUUCGAUAUUCCGGUUGUGUCAGUGUGUUAGGAGUUAAUACCAUGGGUUAUUUGUACCAGGUUUUGUCGUUUGGUUUACUUUGGACAAUCGCUCACUCAGAACCUGAACCCCUUUAUCCACCUCUCGCACCCUUGGCAAAUCAAGCUGCUUACUAUCAGAGCCUUUACACCCCCUCGCCUCAGAAGUUCUACACGCCAACGACACCCAACUUCCAAUUCAACGAUUUCAACUACAUCCCAAGCAAAGGGCAGGAUUUGGCAGUCACCACUCUGGAUAGCUUCAGGACGGCCACGCAGAAGCCAGCCAUCGUUUCUUCGCACCCAAAUAAUCCGGGGCCAGUGCUCUUCCCGGAAAACAGGGACGAAGAGUCUAGCACGCCGAAACCAGAAGAGGCAGCCGUGAAUUCGUUGCAGUCGGAUUUCCUCACCAAGUACUUCACGUCGAAGUUAGAGGGCAGUGACUUUGGUGCUAGGUCGGAACUUAACUACUACAGGCGAUAGUCCCGAGUCAGGUGAAACGUGAUGAUAGGUGGAUUUUAAUUCAUGUCCGAGAUACCAGAUACCAAGUUAUUUUACAGUAAUUUCAUCGAUGACCAAAGUCGAAAAAUUCUUAUGCGGCUGUAUGCCGCACAAGAAUUCUUGAUUGCAAAAUUUGUUAGUUUGAGGAUGGAGCAGAAAAUUCAAAUCCUUUUUUGGUACAUUACUAUUAUCAUUAAGGUCGCAGACAUAUUUCACCAUGUUUCGACAUUUUCAGUAAGCUGUCACGAUAAAGAAAGCUAUCGUUAGUUGAAGAAAAUGGAUGGUGUCAUAGCCGCAAACCAAAGCUAACGUUAAUGUGCCGUAUACGCUAUCGUGCCAAAAACUACCCGUUCGAAACCAGUAUAAAUUCAUUUGUCGAUAUGGACUGGGUAGACAACGUUUGGUAUAGAGGCUGGAACGGAUAAAAAUAGGUCUCAGUGAUUUAAUGGUGGUAUCCGGUCAUGCGAUAAAAUUUCCCUUAAUUUGGUUUCUGAGCAGAUUUUUCACUGCUGAAACAAAUUCUCACCCAAAUUGAUUGAAGGAAUCACUAAUGUGCAAAAAAUACAGAGGAAGGGGAGGGGGCAGAAAUGAAAAAUAUUGGCCGUGAGAUAAACUAUCGUACACCUGUCUAAUUGUGUAACGCCUAAGAUAAGUGCCAUUUAUUCAUUGAUUUUUAUGAAUGAAUGACACACAUUUUUCUACGUUGAGCUUUUAAUUUUUAUUUUCACCUGACAAUGACGUUACAUUUGAUAAAAAAAGGGGGAAACCCACCGUACUGGGGUAUCUUCAAUCGAAAUCAAUUGAAUGAGAAUUGAACUUGCUCAACAAUCUGUUCUAGGAGGUUCAUACGUUAUCUUUUAACAGUAUGGAACACCAAUUGAAACUUUAUGAUUUCAUAUUUCAAAAAAAAAAAAAAAACCGGCUACGGCUUUCAAUUUGAAUUUUUCAAAAUUUAGGGGAUCCACGGUAUAUUUUUGCACUUUAGCAAAACCUUCAAGUAAAUCAUGUCAAUUGAAAUAACUGAGUGAAUUCAAUUAUAGAUUUUUGACAAAAUGUUGUACAAACAACUUUUACCAAUCCAUUUUUAAUCACGGACCAUUUGGUCUAUGCAUUUUUGAACGGGAAAAAUAAGUCACCCGUAUCAUCAGUUGUUUGGCCUAAUGAGUGUUGCCUCGCGUCAAAUGUCUAUUUUAUCCGGAUUUAUUUAUUUUCGCCUUGUAACUGCACUUUGUCUUAAUCGUAAAAUUCAUAGAAAGGAAACUGAGAAACUUUAAACCGUUUAACAUAUCUAUUAUUGACUUUAAAGCCCAA